AUGGUUAACUGCAAACCGGUGGCCACGCCGGUUUCACUUACCAAACUCGUGGACAGCCCUAUGGUUCCAUACGCAGAUCCGACUCAUUAUCGCAGCCUUGCAGGGGCCCUACAGUAUCUUAUGGUCACUCGUCCUGAUCUGUCCUAUGCCGUCAAUCGUCUGUGUCAGCAUAUGCAUGCUCCUACCACUACAAAUUGGGCAGCCUUGAAAAGGGACCUGCGCUAUAUCAAUGGUUCUCUCAAUCUUGGUCUUCACAUAUCUUGUUCUGACUCUCUUGAUAUUCAUGCUUUUUUUGACUCAGAUUGGGCUGGUAAUCCGGACGAUAGGAAGUCCACUAGCGGCUUCGUUGUCUUUCUUGGAAAGAAUCUUAUAUCUUGGGUGUGUCGCAAGCAACAGACUAUAGCUCGUUCCUCGACCGAAGCCAAAUAUAAGGGCUAG